AUGUGGGUUCUGCUCUGCGGCGCGCUGGUCAUGUUCAUGCAGGCCGGGUUCGCCAUGCUCGAGGCGGGGACGUGCCGAUCGGGUAGCGCAGGCGUCACCCUGUUGAAGAACGUGAUGGACGCCUGUGUGGGGGCUGCUUUGUGGUAUUCGGUAGGCUAUGCGUUCGCCUACGGUGAGUCUGGCAGUCCGAACACGUUCAUCGGGUCCGACCUCUUCUUCGGCACGGGCCUUGACGCGGAGGAUGCACGCCACCAUCUGGAUUGGUUCUUUCAGUGGACCUUCUGCGCCACCUCCGCCACCAUCGUCUCUGGUGCCGUCGCCGAGCGAAUCCAUUUUUCUGGCUAUAUGAUUGUCGCCAGCGUCUUGACUGCGGUCAUCUAUCCGGUCGUCGUCUGGUGGACCUGGAGCGGCCAUGGUUUCCUGUCCGAGCUGGGCUACUCCGACUUCGCAGGCUCGGGCACCGUGCACCUGACCGGCGGCUCCGCGGCAUUCGUGGCGGCUGCGGUUCUCGGUCCCCGCAGGGGCCGUUUCGGCGGGCACUCGGCCGAGAGCCCGUUCGUGCCCAACAACCUGUCGAUGGUGGUUCUGGGAACUCUCGUCCUGUGGUUCGGCUGGUAUGGGUUCAACUGUGGCUCCACCCUGAGCUUCUCCAGCGUCGAGACUGCCCGGCAGGCAUCGCGCGUGGCUGUAAACACGACGCUCUCGGCGGCUUUCGGAGGCACCGUCGCCCUGACCGUGCGUGCCGUACAGACGAGGAAGCUCGACCUGCCAGUCUGUUGCAACGGCAUCUUGGCCGGCCUCGUCGCAGUGUGCGCAGGUUGUGCCGACAUGAGUCCGCCAGCGGCCAUCUUCUGUGGCAUUUGCGGGAGCCUUUCGAUGAUGGCGGUAAGCAGGGUUGUGGUUUUCGCUCAUGUGGACGAUCCUCUAGAUGCCACUGCCGUGCAUGCUGGUGGAGGGGUGGCUGGCUUGCUGCUCCGCCCUCUGCUAGACAGGAGCGGGGUGCAGGGUGAAAUGCUUGCCGCUCAUCUCCUGGCGAUCGUGUGUAUUGUUGCCUGGUCUGCAACUCUGACCACCUUUACACUUCUCGUCGUCAAACGGCUGGGCCUCCUAAGCGUGACGCAAGAGGAAGAAAAGUUCGGUCUUGAUGCAGCGACGCUUGUGGUGGGCAACUAUGUGGAGUCGGACUCGGCGGAUGAUUCUCCUGUUAUUGGUAGUCUACAGCCAGGUGACGUAGCAGUUGGGGUGCACGUCGAGGUGCAUCAGAGCUUCAUGUCCAACAACAAGAGCAACAAGGCCAUGGUCAAGAAGGGCCUGUCGGGAAUCAUCCGGCAGGUUGACGCAGAUGGCGACGUGCGCGUCGCAUUCGACAAGCUCGACGGCCUGCACUGGGUGCUGCGAAGCAACUUCGACAAGCUGCGCCGCACCGGCGCGGGGCACGCGAGCCUCCCGCGGACGGGGUCCUUCGGCAGCGCCAGCGAGGCCUCGAGCUUCCGGGGCCCGUCGGACGCCAAGGGCAGCGAGAGCUCCUCCGGGCCGAGCACGCGCGAGGGCGGCGGGCACGCGCCGCCGGCAGCGCAGCUCCCCACGCAGAGGACCACCACCGCGGCGUCGGAGCGCGCACGCCGCAGCGCCGCGGCCCUGGCCGCCGGGGAGGCCGAGCGCCCGGCCAAGCCGCGGAGGCAGGCCCCGCCGCCGGCCCUGCCCGAGUUCGGGGCCCGGCUCUCGCUCGACAGCUCCGCCUUGGGCGCCUGA